AUGCCAAGUUCCACUCAACCCAGUCAAGGCAACGAUGAUGCCCACUUGGAUGUCAUUAUUGUCGGUGCUGGCCUUGCGGGUCUUGCCGCAGCCAUCUCCAUUUCUCUUUCAGGCCACAAUGUAACUGUCUUAGAGUCGGCAAAGGAAUUACUCGAGGUCGGUGCCGGUCUACAAGUCACUCCCAACUGCACGCGCAUCCUCCAAAAAUGGGAUCUCCCCGACAGACUCUGGAAAUCAGCUGCCGAACCCACGUCCCUCGUCGUCCAUAGAUACUCCGGCCGAACGCUCGCCAUAGAACCCGAUUUCCACAAGCACAUCCGCAAGAAGUACGGCGCCCCGUUCAUCGAUCUCCACCGCGUAGACCUCCAGCUUGCGCUCUACGAUAAGGCGAAGGAACUGGGUGUCCAGUUUAAGCUGGGUGAUAGGGUGAAGGACAUUGACUUUAGCAUUCCCGAGGUCAGCACUGAGGCUGGUUCUAAGUACACUGGCGAUCUCAUUGUUGCAGCGGAUGGGCUUUGGUCUAAAUGCCGGUCCAAGUUUCUUGGUAGCGAAGACAAGCCCAUGCCCACUGGUGAUCUAGCAUACCGCGUUGUUCUGGACGCAAAGGAUAUCGACGACCCUGAGCUGCGGGAAUGGGUCGAACGUCCGACUGUGCAUUUCUGGAUCGGUCCAGGCGCUCAUGCUGUUGGCUAUUCUAUGCGUGGCGGACAGAUGUAUAACGUUGUUCUACUUGUUCCCGAUGAUCUUCCAUCAGACGUCAGUCGACAGGCUGGGUCGGUGGAGGAGAUGCGAGAGCUGUUUAAUGACUGGGAUCCAAUUCUGGCAAGGUUUCUCGGACAGGUUGACAAGGUCGAUAAGUGGAAACUGAUGCACAGAGAAGAGCUUGAUUCAUGGAUCAACGACAACUCGAAUUUUGUCUUCGUCGGUGAUGCCUGCCAUCCAAUGCUCCCCUACCUAGCCCAAGGUGCCAACUCCGCCGUGGAGGACGGCGCCGUCCUGGGCCUACUUCUCGGCCAUGUCAAAUCAAAGCAACAGUUACCACAGGCUUUGUCUAUGUAUGAGCGGUUACGCAAGUCACGUGGAGAAGCUAUAGUUCGAGAAACUUUUAAGCAGCGGGAGUCAUUCCAUAUGCCUGAUGGACCAGCUCAAGAGGCGCGUGAUGAGACUUUCCUGUCUCAACUUGGCGCUGAAGAGCUCAAGGGCCCAUUCCCAAGCAGGUGGACUUGUCCCCAGGUUCAGCCCUGGUUGUAUGGAUAUGAUGCGUUUGAGGUUGUGGAAGAUGCAGUGAGACGUGAUCCUUUCACAGCAUAG